AUGUCAAGCAGACCCACUUCUUCUCGGCGAAAGCUAUUCGCACCAACCCCCAUCCCAGCGGCUAACGGCGACAAUCACCCACACACCAAUGGAACGAAUGGCGUGGCGGCUGCAACUUCAGCUUCUGAGGCUCGUAGGUCGUACUCCCUCCGCACACGAUCGGCUGCCUCUGCUUCUGUUGCGAGUACUUCGGCACCAGUUAAGCUUACCUCACGCACCAACCGGUCUACUCAGAAGCGGACUAACCCAACAAGAGCAGCUUCGCCUUCCACCGCUUCUGAGGAAUCUGACUUCUCUGCCAAUGUCGAGGGAGAUGCUUCUGAUGCUGAUAGUGAUCUCUUCACCGCCGAAACCAGGUCAAAGUCGAAGGCGAAAGGCAAAAGCGCUUUACUCAAACCAACUCGCAAGACACCAGCGAAGAAAGAGCAAAACAACAAAUCCACCUCUAAGAAACGCAAAUCCGCAUCCUCCUCCCCCAAGAAACCCCCAACAUCGCCAUUCGACAUCUCCCCGCGCAAAGCAGCCAUCAAACCCAUAAAGGUCAACCUCGACCCAUCCGAAGCCCACCCAGCCCCGCCACACUGGGAAACGGUCUACUCUCUCCUCUCUCGUCAACGAACUAAAAUCGUUGCACCAGUCGACACUAUGGGUUGCGACCAAAAUGGUCGGUCUGAUCGACGGGCCGACUUUUGGCGUGAUACUGACACUCCCCAAGAUGCAGCGAAGAGAGAAAGACUAGCAACGUUGGUUUCGCUCAUGUUAAGCUCGCAGACGAAGGAUCCGGUUACUGCAGAGGCUGUGUAUAAUUUGCAGAGGACGCUGCCUGAUGGUUUGUGUUUGAAAAGUUUGUUGGAAGCUGAUGAUGAGACUAUUUCGAGUUGUAUUGCUAAGGUGGGAUUCUGGCGGAGGAAGACAGGAUACCUCAAAAGCGCAGCUAGGAUUCUAAAAGAUGAUUUUCAAGGAGACCUACCUAGGACCGUCGACGAACUUUGCUCGCUCCCGGGAGUGGGCCCAAAGAUGGCAUUCUUAGCUUUAAGCUCAAUGGGCAUCCAAAUCGGGAUUGGAGUAGACACACAUGUACAUCGCCUAACCAAUCGGCUUGGGUGGCACAAGACAACAACCCCCGAACAAACACGUCUUAAUCUCCAGUCUUGGCUACCACAAGAACUGCACGCCAAGAUCAACAGCUUGCUGGUAGGAUUCGGUCAAGUCAUCUGUGUACCACUUGGUCCGAGAUGCGAUCUUUGCGAUGUGGGAAAAGCUGGAUUCUGUCCAAGUCGGAGGGUGGUCGAUGAGAAAUCAACGGCAAAGCGGGUCAAGGUGGAGUUGCUGCGAACUGAUGAUGAGCGGAUGGUGGUGGAAAAGGAGGCGGAGCCGAAGGUCAAGGUUGAAGUAGAGAUGCAUGGGCCGGAGGGGAGGGGGAUGAUGGAGGUGGGAGACUUGUUGGAAGCUGGUGAAGGGGUGGCCAUGGUUAAGAAGGAAGAAGGUGAGGAUGAGCAGGCUGCUGUUGAGCGUGCCUUGGAUUGGUAG